CUACCUCGGUGUAUCCACCAAGUUGUUUCGCAACACAGAUGGGAGAACAAGCUGAACACUGGUCUGAUAUCGUAUUUCAUUCCCCUCCGGCUGUUCUCGGGCGCGUGUGGAUCAUGUGUAUAUAAAUACCAGCAGCUGCUGCUGGCACCCACAAUCCUUCAUCACAAACCUCACAAUCGCUCCCGCCAACCCGUCAAAAUGACAACCCACAUCCCCUCGCUAACCUUCCCGCGCAUCGUCUUCGAGCAACCCGCCAUCGCCGUCCUUCUCCCCGUGGUCGCAGGCGCUGCAAUUGGGUACUCCACAAGACCUAAACAAACACAAAACACCUACCGCGCCCUCCGCCAACCCCCCUUCCACCCGCCAGCCUGGCUCUUCGGCCCAGCAUGGACUUCGCUCUACGCGCUCAUGGGCUACGUGUCGCACCGCGCAUACACGCUCGGCACUUCCUCUGCCUCUCCAUCGACCGUCGCGCUCGCGAAGCAGGGCGCUACGCUCUACACGAUCCAGCUGGGCCUGAACCUUGCGUGGAUGCCGCUGUUCUUUGGAAUCAACAAACCUCGGGCUGCGGCCGCGGAUAUUGUGGCGCUGGGGGCGACGGUCGGGUAUAUGAUUUGGGUUUGGGGACAGGUGGAUGAGGUUGCAGGGUGGAUGCUUGCGCCAUAUGCGGGUUGGUUGGGGUUUGCGACGUAUUUGUGCUUUGGGGUUGGGUAUCUCAAUGAUUGGGAUCUGGAGACUGCUAAGGCGAAGGGGAAGAAGAGCGAGUAGAGUGUGGUUGUGAGGAUUCAUGGAGGCUGUGUAGGUGAUGUAAGAAUACCUGUGUAGUGUAC